GGCGCUCUUCCAGUUCGUGCCAGCCAAGUCGACAGAUUCUCGGCGAUCCCACGCUAAUGGAGCUGCUGCAAGAGGAUGGCGGCGGCGGCCUCACGAAGUUGGCAGCGGUUGCUUCGUGCAUCGCGAUGGCAGUGCUUUAUGUUGGAAUCCUGUAUGCUCCCACACUGAUACUUCGACUGCCGCCGCCGGAUUCAUUCAAAUCGUUCAUGAUGCGACGUUUCGCCUGCGCCGCCAUAUCCUCCGUCGUCUCCCUUCUGUUUUGCUCCCUCAUCCUUCCCAUGAACAGAGCAGAAGCAUUAGAUCUCUUUGGAGUUUACGGUGUCCGAAUAGAUCACAUUUGGGAAGCAAUGGUCUAUCCUCUUUCAUUGACGUCGUUGAUGUAUGCUGGUUCCUUUGUCCUGAGACUUUUGUCAAUUAUCCAAGAAAGCACCGAAUGCUUGAAUGAUGAUGGGAGUUUAUAUCUUGUAUAUGUAAAGAACACUUUCAUGGAUUUCAUUGAGUGGUUAGUUUCAGUAUCUUCAAGUGUGUCGGCUUGGCGAAACUAUGUUGUGGCUCCACUUACUGAAGAGCUGGUAUUCAGGGCUUGUAUGAUACCUUUGCUUCUCUGUGGAGGAUUCAGUGCCUAUACUGUUAUACUUCUUUGUCCUAUAUUUUUCAGUUUAGCUCAUUUGAAUCACUUCUUUGAGGUCUAUCUCCAGCAAAAAGGCAACCUUCUUAAAGCUUGUGCAAUUAUUGGCUUCCAGCUAGGAUACACAGUCAUCUUUGGGGCAUUUGCAUCAUUCCUUUUCAUUCGUACUGUACGUUUGAGGAUUGUUAAUUUCAGGUCACCUAGCAUCACCGCUGAUAGCUCAUAUAUUCUGCAAUUUCAUGGGCUUGCCUGCAAUAUUUUCCCAUCGAUCUGGGAUGGUAAAUGUGGCAUCCAUAAUGGGGACGGUAGGGUUCUUGUGGAUGCUUUAUCCGCUGACGAGUCCACAUUUGUACAACAGCAGAACAGACAAUUGCAAGUGUUGGCACAGAUAUUGUGACUGGAGCUGGAGCAGCAGCAGCAGCAGCUAAGUUUCCAAAAGGUCAGCUUUGUUGCCACUCUAAUAGUUAUGUCAUUCAUAGUUGUAGAAAAGAUAAGUUGAAUGAUUUAUACUUUCCUCAGGCUUAAAAUCAGACAUCCAUCCAUUAGUAGAUAUUACAUCAUAUUCGUAUAUAUAGCUAGCUAGCUAGCUAGCUACCUGGUUUUGCAAAUGAUCUUUGUGUGGUGAGAAAUGAAAAGGGUCUACAAUAUUUUCACUUUGCAGGGCUUUAAAAUUAUGAAACAGCAUAUAUAUAUAUAUAUAUAUAUCUC